CGGCGGCUGCUCCGCGACGCUCAUGCCGGCGGCGGUCGCGGCGGCGAGCGGGAGCCUGGCGGCGGGGGGCUGCGGCGCGGCGGGGCCGUCGUCGUGGACGCGCUCGCUGGAGCGGGCGCUGGAGGAAGCGGCGGCCAGCGGUUCCCUCAGCCUCAGCGGCAGGAAGCUGAGGGACUAUCCGCGGGGCAGCGCGGCCGGCCACGACCUGAGCGACACCACCCAGGCCGAUUUAUCACGGAACCGACUCUCUGAGGUGCCACCAGAAGCCUGUCUCUUCGUUUCCCUCGAGAGCUUGAAUUUGUACCAGAAUUGCAUUCGCUAUAUUCCAGAAGCCAUUUUGAACUUGCAGUCCUUAACAUUUUUGAAUAUCAGCCGCAACCAGCUCUCAACGUUGCCUGUCCACUUGUGCAACCUGCCCUUGAAAGUCCUGAUCGCCAGCAACAAUAAGUUGGUCUCCAUCCCAGAAGAAAUCGGACAUCUGAGACAUCUGAUGGAGCUUGAUGUCAGCUGCAAUGAAAUCCAAACAGUCCCUCCCCAGAUUGGAAAUCUAAAUUCCUUGCGGGAUCUUAAUAUCAGGAGGAAUCACCUGGUACAUUUACCUGAAGAGCUUGCAGAGUUGCCUUUGAUUCGGUUAGAUUUCUCCUGCAAUAAAAUCACAACGAUCCCAGUGUGUUACCGGAACCUCAGGCACUUACAGACAAUCACCUUAGAUAACAACCCCUUGCAGUCUCCCCCCGCCCAGAUAUGUAUAAAAGGAAAAAUCCACAUAUUUAAGUACCUGAACAUGGAAGCGUGUAAAGUGGUGCCAGACCUUCCUGAUUAUGACAGGAGACCGAUAGGCUUCGGAUCCUGCCACGAAGAUUUGUAUUCGAGUCGACCGUACGGAGCACUGGAUUCCGGGUUCAACAGCGUAGACAGCGGAGAUAAGAGGUGGUCAGGAAAUGAACCGACAGAUGAAUUUUCUGACCUUCCUCUGCGAGUGGCAGAGAUCACGAAAGAACAGAGGUUGAGAAGAGAGAGCCAUUAUCAAGAACACAGAGGGAGCUCCUUAGUGACAAAUGGUGGAGCGGAGCAAGAUCUGGAUCAAAUCGACUUUAUUGACAGCUGUGCCACCGAGGAAGAGGAGGAAGAAGUCAGGCAAGCCAAAUGUCCAGAGUCAGACAGCCUCAGCACGCAAUUCAUGACCUAUAUUGAACAACGCCGAAUCUGUCACGAG